UCGGAGUUACUUGUUAUGUUGGCGAAGAUCAUCCAUCUGGUCAGCGCUCCUAUUAGGUGCCUCAAUUUGCAGGGCGUUUGGAUCUUCGUGCAUCGCUUUGGCACACUAUCACUUCAAUGUACUCAAUUAGUGGUGGGGGCUCGACCCGGCCCGACACUGAGUGGCCCGCCCCAUCUGAAGAGCAAGCCCGAGCAGCGCUACGGGCGGGCCUCGUCGGGCCCGUUUAGUUUUCCCCCACGCAAGACGUGGGUGCGCGCACUUCGCUCGGAGCUCACGGGCAGCAGAACAGAACCAGAGGCGUGCGAAGCGUCGCCGACCGCCUCCUCCUGCGCUUCAGCGGAGAAGAAGACGACGAAGAUGGACGGUUACCAGCGGCAAGCUCGCCUUCUCCUUCUGCCGGGGCUCGUGGCGGUUCUCCUGUCCCUCGGGGCCGCGGCUUCGACCUCGUCGUCGGCCUUCGUGCAGAACGUCAUCUACUCCAACAAGAUCGCCAUCUUCUCCAAAUCCUACUGCCCGUACUGCUUACGUGCCAAGCGUAUUUUCAGUGAGCUGCAUGAACAACCGUAUGUUGUGGAACUUGAUCUUAGAGAUGAUGGUGGUCGAAUUCAAAAUGUUCUUUUAGAUCUCACUGGUCGACGCACCGUCCCGCAAGUAUUUGUGAAUGGCAAGCAUAUCGGUGGCUCUGAUGAUCUCAGUGCCGCAGUAAUGAGUGGUCAGUUGCAGAAGCUCCUUGCCAGUAGCCGAUGAGGUACCAGGAAAUUAGAAGUAGAAGGAUUUGACUCAUCUUUGUACAUUUUGAUGUGUCUCAUUUUGUAAAAUAGGGUGUGUGCCACUUGAGUGGUACAAAGAUACGGCUUUCUGGCAUUAGCUGAGUGCUAUUGAUUCCUGCAUGUCUUAUCAGGCUGAAAGUACUCCUUUAUGGAUGAAAGCACGAUUGGCUUUGUGAA